UGUUAGAAGAUUUGUCAAGAUAUACAACAUAUCGUAACUUGUAAAAUAAUGCACACCAUCAUUCUAGAGAAAAAGAGCUGACCAGUGCUAAAUGGAUCCAUCCUCAAAGUUUUUCAAUGGGUUGGUGGACUUGAUGCUGAUAGUUGGUGUGGAUGAGCACACGGGACUGGUACUGGCUGGAGCAGGUGAAGACUCUAAACAUGAAGAGUUGGUAGAGGACUUAUUCUUUGAUUGGGAGUAUGAACCUCAUCUUCUUGUGGCUAUCUCUCAGACAAAAGCUCUCCAGUUUUGCAAUGGUGAUGGAACAGAUCCCUCAUACCCACCCGUGACAGAAAAACCUGCUCAUAACCAACCGAGCUCACAGCGUUACAGUGUACCUGAUGGGAUAGGCCGUAACAGAGUGCAGCCCAAGCCGGCAAGGCGUGGCUCAAUGCAUCCACUGCCUCAUAGCACCACUUCACGCCCUCUUACACGAAGGACCAUAAACUUACAUCAGAACAGUCCAGUUCCAGAUGAAAACAUCAGAUCUCUGCCAUAUUUUUGUUUCCCAGAAAAUGCAAAGAUUUAUCAGGAGCAUCAGGAAGAAAGGGUCCAUUACUUGGUUCUGACAGAUGUUAAUGGUGUUAAAACAUAUGCUGUCUGUCUCACUUUCUACAAGGAGUAUGCCAUAAAUAUGUCUGCUGGGUUAGGAUCCUGUCUCAUCCCCCAUGGACACCCUAACACUACAGGACAACCCUGGACCAAGGGAUUUCUGCCCACCUGCUAUGUCCUCAUCUCCAAACACCCAUACUUUACUGUGCUAAAGGAGUGUUUAUCAUACAUUCUACAUGAUAUUACUACUGAUCCUGAUAUGGAAUAUGACAUUGUGAAGGAACGUGCUUUCCAGCUUAUCAUGACACCAGUUCCCCCUGCUGGCAACGUUUGCAUUAGCUUCAGCCUGGAAAAGAGAGCACUCACCAUUUGGCCUCCAGACUACCCAGACAAACCUGUUGUGGAUUUCCCCCUUCACUUGUUAUUCCAAUGUUUUUCCUUGGACCAAAUACUCACAGUCAUUGCUUACAUUCUUGUAGAGGAAAGGAUAGUCUUCAUCUCCUCAGAUUACUCAUUGCUAACUUACAUCAUGGAGUCUUUCCAGCAUUUCAUCUUGCCAUUCAAAUGGCGUUACUCUUAUGUGCCUUUACUCUCCAGCCGAAGCUUGGAGUUUCUGGAAGCACCAGGCACUUUCAUGAUGGGCUGCCACUCUCAGUUCAGACAUGAAGUUGAACAGAUAGAUGGGCUUGUGAUGGUAGACAUUGACCAAGGCAGGGUGACAGUGAAUCAAACCAUAGACAAUGAUGUGGAGAGAGAGGCCAUGUUAAAUCUGCCCAAGAUUGCCUCGGACCCUUUCAGGAAUGCAUGUGAAAGGAUUAAGUUCACCUUUGAUCUCAUGGAAUUUUCCAGGCCUUCAUACUGUGAUAUCAGAGAAUACCAAAGAUUUAGAGAGAAAAAGAUUCGGGAGUUCAAUCGAGAGAUUAUCUUCAAUGCACUGGCCUUGAUGGUCAGUCUAUUCAGAGGUGUGAUAACUGAAAUGAGAGUGGACUUGAAGAAGUUUAACAAAGAUCACUUCCUCCAGAUUCAAUCUUCUGCAGACCGACCAUUUUAUGAGCGGGUGAUUAAGACAGACAUGUUCAAGAAAUUUGUUCAAGAACGUUUGAAUGAAAAGAGAGAUUAUUGGUCAGAGCUUGAGAUCGCAACGAGGAUGUAUGGUAGACCCGGCCAACGAAGUAGAACAUCAAUGUCAACAGGGCCUAGGCCAAUCAAACGAGCUUCCACCCCAGCCAUAUUGACCCCUCAUAUAACAGUGGAGUUUGUCCGGUUUUUCCUGCCCACCCUUACAGAGUUUGGAGCCUAUCUUCAGAUGUGCCUGCAUCAGCUUAACAGAACUGUCCAUGAAUGUCGUGAUGUGAUCCAACGAGCACCUUACCUCUAUCUACGGGCGAUGUUCAGGGUGCUGGAUGGGAGACCUGUGGAUGCCAUAGACGACUGCUUCCAACUCAUCUCUAGCACUGCCAGGAUCUUCCCUAAAGAGUUAGUGAUGGGCCUUUACAGCAACCUGAGUAAACCUCAGCUUGAACAGCUUCAGAAAAGACCCUAUUUCAGGAUGACAGAUGUUUUCUCUGAUGAACUGAAACCUGAGCCGGCAGCCAGGGACUGGAGAGACAUUGGUGAAAGUCAGCUUCCCUCCAAGGAUGUCGACAAGGACAAAUUUGCUGAGUGCAUUGUAUCCAUGGAGAUAGCCUUGGAUUAUGACAUCAUCCAGCGGCUAUUUGAAUCCUUGACUUUAUUUGGUGUUAAACUAUGUGUUGACCCUGUGACCUUUGAGGUGUUCCAUGACUGCUGGCAGGAAAAUAAAUCCCAGACUCAAGGAAUAAAGGUUCAGGACGGCAAGCUGGACCAUGAAGAAAGUGUGCUGAAGGUCUCACCUUUAAUCAAAACUGACUUUGGCAAUGGACGAAUAGCUCUCACUUGCAAAAGACUGUUUUUCCUGAAAGAUGUUUCCAACAACUAUCAAGAAAUCAUCAAACUGCGAGAAAUUGAGCAAAUAGAGAAAGUACAGAUGCCAACAUUUCUUCUAUCAGAUGUGGAUGCUUUGAGAAUUUAUGGAAAAGACAACUCAACCUUUGUGGCCUGUUUGAAAGAUGAGAGGAACUGUUGGUUUAUGCUGCUGUCAGAAAUGUGGUCUGGGAAGCAGUAUGCUGAUGGAACCCUGGACUUUGGCGCUAUUCAACAGGCAGCUCAAAAUGUGCUGCUUAUUGAUGCUGUCAUCAGAAGUGGUCAAGAGGAUGAUACAUGCCAUCACCUGGAUGUUGGGAAAGCUGCAACAAACCUCUGCUUCUUCACUCUUUGUCGAGAAGAAGGUCGCCACAGACUGCCUAAAGUAACCAUGGAAACCUUGCAACAUUGUGUUGAUCCAAACAUGAGAGAGAAAGAAAAGAAAACAGUAGAGUCUCUUCUGUAUAUCCCUGGAAACCACUGUUCGGAAGAUGGCCGACCCAAGCUUUGGUGUGGGCUGGGAAAUGGAGUGAUCAAAGUUUACGAUGCCGGCACUUUACAGCUGGAUACCAGUUUCACAGAAGCCAGAACAAGAGUGGUAUGCCUGUUGGCUGUCGGAGACAGCCAGGUAUGGGCAGGAUCGUUUUGCAUUUACAUCAUUGAUAUGGGGUCUGUGACAUGUGACAAGACGUUGAUGGAACACCAUGACCUUGUGUCUGAUAUGGUUCUAACAGAGGAUAACAGCUAUGUAUACUCAUGCAGUGUGAAUGGAGAGAUCUGUAAGUGGGAGACUGAGACCCUACGGCUUGUACAGAACAUAGAGUUGCCAAAGGUUGCCUCCCUUGUCAGUAUUCAUCUUCAGAACGACACCCUUUGGUGCUGUACAAAGAGAGAUAUAUGCCAGCUAGCAGAUGAUGGAACAAUCAUGAAAAAACUUACAUACAGCGACAAGACAGGACAUCCAAUCAUAUUAGAUUGUUUUCUGAUCCAGCCAACAGGAGAGAUAAUGGCUGGGUGCAGCAGAAAAGGGCAGGUUCUUGUUUGGGAUCCAGAUAGUGAGAAUAUCAUUCAGACGUUUGACUUUGAGGACUGUCGAGGCAUCAGCAAAAUGGUACAGGUGGACAACAAGGUUUGGGUGGCAACUAAGAAUGGUACAAUUGUUAUUGUGAACACUGACACAAACAAAGUGGACAAAACCCUGCAGGGCCAUGAAGAUGCUGUGCGCUCAAUGUGCUGUGCUCAGAGCCGUUAUGUUAUCACGGGCGCAGGAAGUCGUGACGGAAAAAUAGCAAUUUGGCGGGCAUCUGAAUCAGAGAAACCUGUGUCACCUUCCACAGAGUCAGAAAGUCCUCUUUCUGAGACGUUGUCAAGUUUAGGUCAGUCUCCAGAGGAAAAUGGCAACAUGGCAGACAUGAUGCCACAGGUUGAGGAAGAAGCUUGCUGAUUAACACAGUGAUCUAUCUUCCAUUAUAACGUUCAGAGAGUUCUCUAUGAUAGGCUAUCAUAAGCUGGAAAGAAAUCACACUUUCUGAACUGAGAUAAAUGAAAAUUGUGUUGUUGAAAUUGUCAGAGGAAUUUAUCACCUGAUAAGGGAUAGGAGAUAUACAAACAUUCUUGUUGCUAUGGUAACGAUAUUGAGAUGGUUCACAAUAUAUUUUACAUCAGUAAUCAAAUUCGAAAUAAAGUUUGUCUGAAUUUUCUAUGAUCAUUUUUACUGUAAUGUGGUGGCCUUAAUUGGUCUUGUCUACCAGUAAAAUUUUAAAUCGUAUGAAAUUUAUACCUAUUAAAAGGUUUGACCAGAAAUAAAUCACACAUAUAUGGACAGCCUACAAUUUGCACAAAAUGCCAUAUUUAUCAUGAAAUAAUAGUUUUAAGAAAAUUUUACUUUUUUAUGAGUCCAAACAUGGACAUAUAUAUCUUCUUUACCAUGUACUGUGUAAUAGUAAGGUUUUAUUGUAAAUCCAAAUGUGCAUAUGUGAUGUUGUUUUGUUACACUGUAAUUAUUUUAAUGUACAGGUAGAAACAAUUGCUAUUGUUCAAUAGAUGUCUCUUCUUAUAUGUUUAAAAUUACAUAAAAUGAAAGUGUGUGGUAUGGAUAUGAAAUUUUGCUCAAGUAAUCAUUCCAUAUUAUUAUAAAGAGACUCAGUACAACAUUUUCUAUACUUGAAGAUUAUAAUUUGGGCAUAUUUAGAUCAUACCCCAUAUAAGGUAGAGGGCCAAUAUGUUGAUUGAGGGUUGACUUGGAGUAUGAAAAUGCUAAUAUUUUAACCUUUUUUAGUCUCAUAUGUUUUUAUUGACAUGUGAAAGGAUCAUCAUAUUGUGGAGAAAAUGGCAAGGCAACGUAAUGUUAGUAUGCCUCUGUUAUAUUAUAUAACUGAUAUACUGAUAUUAUUUUUAAUGACUGAGAGUAUUUACUUAAUCCAUGUAAUGGUGGAUUUAAGUGAAAUCAACUGAUGGUUGAAGUUGUCAGUCAAGUUAAUAACUAAAAAAUAAAGGUUUGAUUGUUGCAGUAAAACACAAUAUAUGUCUGGGGGAAAAUCCCAAACUACCAAUCUUUCAUUCAUUAACUCACAUCAACAUAGCCAAAACAGUCUGGUGUGUAAGCAUAGGAGGUAAGCUUUUGACUAUUGAGAAUGUUUUAUUCAAGCAUCCGAACUGUAUAUUUCCAUUAAACGUGAAAUCUUGUCUAAUUAGUAUGGGAUCCAUUGUCAGAACUGCGUGCAAGUUGUUAGCACUUUGAUUGAAAAAGAUUACAACGUAACAUGUAUUAGAACAUCCUAUCUGUUCUUUCACCCGGAAAAAACUCGUUUGGCUAGGCCAUCACAAGUGCAAAUCUUGGAAACAACAACAAAAAUGCACAUGACCACAUUUUAUGUGGUUCCUGUCUGUCCAUUGCUUUCUAGGCUGAAGAAUCAACAGGUGCUUUGGAACUGUUUGUUCAGCAUGUGAAUGGGAUGUGUCAUGACAUUUCAUGGGCUGUGAUAUGACAUUUCUCGGGGUGUGAUAUGACAUUUCAUGUCGUUUUAUUUGACAUGAAUGUCAUUGGUGUGAUGUGACAUGAAUGUCAUGGGGUGUAAUAUGACAUGAAUGGCAUGGGUGUAAUGUGACGUGAAUGUCAUGGGGUGUGAUAUGGCAUUUCAUGGGUUGUGAUCGUGAUAUUUCAUGGGGUCUGAUAUGACAUGCAUGUCAUGGGGUGUGAUAUGACAUGAAUGUCAUGGGCAUUUCAUGGGGGUGUGAUGUGGCAUUUCAUGGGAGUGUGAUGUGGCAUUUCAUUGGGGUGUGAUGUGGCAUUGUAUGAGAGUGUGAUGUGGCAUUGUAUGGGAGUGUGAUGUGACAUUUCAUGGGGGUGUGACGAGACAUUUCCUGGGGUGUGAUGUGGCAUUGUAUGGGAGUGUGAUGUGGCAUUUCAUGGGAAUGUGAUGUGACAUUUCAUGGGGGUGUGAUGUGACAUUUCAUGGAGGUGUGAUGUGACAUUUCAUGGGGUGUGACGUGACAUUUCCUGGGGUGUAUGACGUGGCAUUUCCUGGGGUGUGAUGUGGCAUUUCAUGGGGGUGUGACAUGACAUUUCAUGGGGUGUAAUGUGACAUU